AUGACUGAAAACGAGAAAAUAUCAGCUGGCGGAGAUGCCCGACCGAAUCCAGGAGAAAUGACUAGCAAGGACUAUUAUUUCGAUUCGUACGCUCAUUUUGGAAUCCACGAGGAAAUGUUGAAAGACGAGGUCAGGACGGUGACGUAUCGCAACUCCAUUUACCAUAACAGACAUCUCUUCAAAGAUAAGAUUGUGAUGGACGUCGGUUCAGGCACCGGAAUACUUUCGAUGUUUGCAGCUCGCGCUGGUGCUAAGAAGGUUUACGCAAUGGAAUUUUCAAAUAUGGCUUCACAAUCACGUCAAAUCAUAAAAGACAACAAUCUUGAGGACAUCAUAACAGUGAUUCAGGCCAAAGUUGAAGAAGUGACCGAGCUCCCCGAUGGCUGCGAAAAAGUGGAUGUAAUCAUUUCGGAAUGGAUGGGAUACUGCCUUUUCUACGAGUCAAUGUUGAACACUGUAAUCUUUGCUCGAGACAGGUGGUUGAAGGAGGAUGGCCUGAUUUUCCCAGACAAGGCAAAGCUGUUCUUAUGUGCAAUUGAAGAUCGACAGUAUAAGGAAGACAAAAUCCAUUGGUGGGACAACGUGUAUGGUUUCAACAUGUCCGCCAUACGUAAAGUUGCCAUUACGGAGCCUCUCGUAGAUGUUGUUGAUAACGCACAAGUGGUCACAAAUAACUACUGCCUAAAAGAAAUUGAUUUGUACACCGUAAAAGUUGAGGAUCUUACUUGGACGUCAGAAUUCACACUUCGUUGCGCGAGAAACGACUACGUCCAAGCUCUUGUAACGUUCUUUACUGUCGAGUUCUCCAAGUGUCAUAAAAGGACAGGAUUUUCAACUGGUCCAGACGUACAAUACACCCACUGGAAGCAAACAGUCUUCUAUCUUAUGGAUGCACUUACUGUGAAAAAAGGUGAAGAAAUCAAUGGUUCAUUUUCCGUAACGCCCAAUGCAAGAAACGAACGUGAUCUCGACUUCGAAAUUAAGGUGGAUUUUCGUGGAGAUGUGUGUGAACUACGCGAGGAGAACGUUUACACUAUGCAUUAA